GAUUCACAAAACAGUAAUGAGUAUUCACGGAAAAAUAACGUCACAAAUUUGGAGUAUGCUACUACAGUUAAUUGGCGAGAUGAGUUUCUAUAUCGACACAAGGCUCCGAAAACGAAAGGCGUAAAAAAGGUCCCCCUUCAUUACGUUAAAGUUCGACGCUUGUGUCCAAAUGGCACCGUAUGUGCAAGCAAAUGCUGUGAAUUUGGAGAACAAUUUGACCUUGCCUAUAAAACAUGUAGACGGGCAGACCACAAUCAAAACAAAGAGUUUGUUCCACCUGUGUGGCAUGAUUACAAGACAUUGGACGAAGCAGACGUUAAAAAAAUCAAUUUCUCGCCAGGACACAAAUUGUCAUGUUUGAAAUCCUUAGACGAAGAAAAGAGACUUGUUACUAAAAUCACAAAUGUAUUUCGGCUCAGAUCUGAUGGCAAAUUGGAAGUGGAAAGCCCUUUGGCGAUUGGUCCACAACUGACCUACGAUCCGAACAAAUACUGCAUCGACAUGUUCAUUACAGAGAAAAAUAAAAUAAAAUUGAAUGCUUUUAUCUGUCAUGUCGACAAUGAAGUAAUGGAAAAAUAUCACCUACUAGUGACCGGUUCUUGUUACUUGGUUACUUGUUUCUUCGUUAUCCUGAGACUUUCCUUAAUCGCUUGGCUGCCGGAACUUCGUACGCUUCACGGGGUGAUCAUCAUAGCGUACCUCGCAAAUUUCAUUGUAGGUUACUUUUUGACGGCAAUUAAAAAACUAUUCAUGUCGGAACACAGUAUUAGUCGAGACCUUUGCGUCGCUUUAAAUUUCAUGAUCUACUUCUGGAUUUUGUCUGCAUUCUUCUGGCGUAACGUCAUGUGCUUCGAUAUGUGGAGUACAUUCAGUGGAAAGCGUGUUCUUACAAGAGGUAAUACAAUUCCUCGUCUGCGUUUCGGGGCCUACUUUGCCUACGCAUUUGGUGUUCCAGCAGUGCUUACCAUCAUACUUGCUGCCAUGGAGUACUCCAAAAUAUCCAAUUUCCAUCCCCUGAAACCAAAACUUCGAUUAAAUGGUUGCGCCGGCAUCAGUGGCAUUGGCUCGCUGAUCUACUAUUUCACACCAUUGAUAAUCUUGUUCUUCAUGAACAUUGCGAUGUUUACUUCAACGGCCCUGAAGAUUGAGGCGACCAAGAAACAGACCAAAAUUUUAUUCCAGUCAGAGAAUAAUGUUGUCAAUGCAUUAAACACAGAAAGACAGAGGUUUCUACUUUACUUGAAGCUUUGGGCAGCCAUGUUAAUUAUGGAAGUGAAUUGGAUAGUAAAGGCAGUAGUCUAUGUUUUCCCAUCAAUACACCUACUUGCUUUCAUAGUUGACGUGAGCAAUUCAGUAAUACUACUAAUGUUAAUGAUCCAAUACUUCUGCCAAAAAAGCACUUGGAAAAAAGUGAAAAAGAAAUACCGCCAAAUGAGAGGGUUGCCCCAGUCUGAACAGAACACAGCGACAUCAUCGAAUCGCACGAUGUCAAUCAGUAGCGUAGAGGGACAGCAGGCUUAUUGCAAUUCUGUGACAUCGAACUAUGAAAUGCACCCGAAAUGA